GCAGAUUGCCUGUUUCCCCAGAGUUAACUCUGAGCUGACUUCUCACUGCAAAUGGACAGCUUGUCAAAGAUGAGGCCAGGCGAAACAGCUUCUUACUAUCUCAACUAUGGAAGGUCAACUUUGUGCUAACUUGGAGAUUUCUGUGAAAAAACCUCCAGGAGUAAGUCCUCCAUCCUUCAUUGCUUUGCUGAAGGUAUACCGAGAACUUCUGGUUGGUAGAAUCCGAAACACACAGUGUUUGAUUGACAACUUGAUUAAGAAUGACUACUUCUCCACUGAAGAUGCAGAGAUUGUUGUCCAAUUUCCAACGCAAGCAGACAAGGUUCGCAAAAUUCUAGACUUGGUUCAGAGCAAGGGAGAAGAAGUCUCAGAAUAUUUCAUCCAUGUCCUGCAGAAAGUCACUGAUGCUUACUAUGAACUUCAACCUUGGCUGGACGAAAUAGGUUACAAGCCUUCAGAGCAUAUUUGUAGUAAACCUGUGGUAAAUACAGAUCCAGUUAGCAGGUAUUGCCAGAAACUCAGACAUGAACUGGGACGAGACUCCAAGUUUGUUAUGUCAUAUGCUCAGAGGGAAGAGAUGCUGCUUGAAGAAAUCUAUUGUGACAGUAUUAUGGAGCUGGUCAGUUUUACCAAUGAGAGUCUAGGUGAAGUGUGUCAAUUAGCAGCCCUUUUUGAUGAUGCGAUUGGGCUAAUUAAUGAAGAUGGAGAGACUGUUUAUAUCUAUGGUGAUGCAGGAAUUGGAAAAUCCAUCUUGCUGCAAAAGAUUCAAAGCCUUUGGGCCAGAAAAGAAUUGGACAUAGGGGCCAAAUUUUUCUUCCGUUUCCGAUGUAGGAUGUUUAGUUGCUUUGAGGAAGAUGAAGCCAUAUGUUUGAAAGACCUACUCUUCAAAUAUAAUUGCUACCCAGACCAGGAUCCCGCAGAGGUGUUCGAUCACAUCUUGCAGUUCCCUCAAACAGUCCUUUUCACGUUUGAUGGCUUCGAUGAGAUCUAUUCCAACUUUGAUCUCAGUAGUGUUCCCGAGAUGUGUUCACCCAAUGAACCUGUCCAUCCCCUGGUGCUGCUGGUAAGCCUUCUCAGAGGAAAGCUUCUUAAGGGAUCCACGAAAAUUCUUACAGCGAGGACAGGAACUGAGAUCCACAGAAACAUCAUUAGAAAGAAAGUGUUGCUCCGUGGUUUCUCCAGCAAUAACCUGAAGGAAUAUACUGCCAUGUUUUUCAAAGAUGAGGGGCAACGAACUCUGGUAUUGAACCAGUUGGAAGCUAACCCCAAUCUCUGCAGUUUGUGUUCAGUGCCUUUAUUUUGUUGGAUUAUCUUUAAAUCCUAUGAACACUUCCAUUCCAUGUGUGACAGCCACGAGCUUCCAGACUGUUCUGUUACAUUGACAGAUGUAUUUUUGCUCAUGAUUGAGGUCCAUCUGAACCGAUCUCUGAAAACAAGUUUGCUGAAGAACAACACCAGAAGCCAAGCAGAGAUGUUCAAAUCAAGAAAGGAAACUCUUCUAGCUUUGGGUAAAAUGGCAUACAAAGGGAUGGAGAACUCUUUCUUUAUCUUUGAGCAGGAGGAGGUCUCAUCAGCGAACAUCUCUGAAGAAGAUUUGCAACUGGGCUUUCUCAGGACGGUUAAAGGUUACAGUGGCUGUGGCAAUCAGUCCACUUAUGAGUUCUUGCACUUAACCCUUCAGUCUUUUUUUACAGCUUUGUUCCUGGUUAUUGAAGAGAAAGUGGGUACCAAGGAGUUACUUCAGUUUUUCAAUGAAUGUUCUUCCACUGAGACUGCCCAACCUACUUGCCUUCGUAUUCCUUGGUUAAAGAAACAACUAGCAGGGAGAGAUCCUUUCCGAAAUAAUGAACACUUUCAUUUUACCAAUCUGUUUCUUUGUGGCCUGCUUUCUAGAUCCAAGCAGCAGCUCUUCAGACAUUUAGUUUUGCCUGCAGUCAUUAAGAGGAAGAGAAGGACGCUUGUCACAUACCUUGGGGAGAGCAUGAAAUCCCAUCUGAAAGGCCUCACUCGGUCCAGGCUUUCAAAUUACAAUCAGAUCCAGGUCCAGCCCAACUUUGUUUGGAUGCUGAGGUGCCUUUACGAGACCCAGAGCGAGAAAGUGGGGAAGCUGGCUGCCAAACGCAUGCAUGCCAAUUACAUCAAGCUCACACACUGCAAUGCCUACUCUGCUGACUGCAGUGCUAUUGCCUUUGUUGUGCAUCACUUUCAAAAGCGCCUGGCUCUGGAUUUGGACAACAACAACAUCAAUGACUAUGGAGUAAAACAGCUGCUACCUUGUUUCAGCAAGCUUGCAGUGAUCAGGCUCAGUGUAAAUCAGGUCACAGAUCACGGAGUAAGGAUCUUGUAUGAAGAACUGUCCAAGUACCAAAUUGUGACUUUCUUGGGCUUAUACCACAAUCAAAUCACUGACGUUGGAGCCAAAUAUGUUGCAAAACUAAUUGAAGAAUGUUCAAGCCUUGAAUACGUUAAAAUAGGAGCAAACAAAAUAACAAGUGAAGGAGGGAAGUGCCUUGCCCAAGCCAUCCAGAAGAGCAAGACAAUGUUUGAAAUUGGGAUGUGGGGUAAUCAAGUUGGAGACGAAGGAGCAAAGGCUUUUGCAGAGGCCCUGAGGAACCACCCCAGGUUAACAAACGUGAGUCUCGCAUUCAAUGGCAUCACGACAGAAGGAGGCAAAAGCAUUGCUGAAGCUAUGCAACACAACAACUCCGUGAAAAUAUUCUGGUUGACUAAAAAUGAGCUGGAUGAUGAGGCAGCAAUGAGUUUUGCAGAGAUGCUGAAGGUCAACAAGAAACUGGUGCAUUUAUGGCUUAUCCAGAAUCAAAUUACAGCCAAAGGGGUGAAGUACCUCAGCGAAGCUCUGAAGGAGAACACAGCUAUUAAAGAAGUCUGUUUAAACGGAAAUCUCAUAAGCAAAGAAGAGGCCAAAGCUUUUGAAAAUGAAGAACGGAUCAUUUGCUUUUGAAUGAGGACUUUCCAAUCUUGACAAGCUUCCUGUUACAAAGGUUGCUCCUACAACUGCAGAGUUUAUAAAGGCGUAAAUCCCCUGUACUUAUGGCAGGAGAGAGAUAUGUGAUUAGCUGCCUUUUUAUGAACACUGUGCUCCCUCAGCUCCAUCCCUUACCCUGCCUGUUAUUUUUAAUCCUUUUGGUGAGUGGGAAGUUGCCUGGGUAAAUAAUUCAUGUUUGUAUGGUGCUUUGAAGAUGAAAUGCAAAGUGUUAACAGACCAAAUCCACUGGCAGGUGUAUGCAUUUUGAUAACUGAGUUUAGAUUUAUUUUGUACACUGAUGUAAAUAAUCUCUAACUUAUUUAUAUACAUAAAUGUACACACACA